GACAAAAUCACCGACACAUCUGUAAUUAAACAGCACGAUAGAUUUCAGUACAUAUUUUUCUCUUUCCAAUAUGAGUCAAACGCAAAUAUAACAUAAAACAUAAAACUCCUGAAACAGUUUUGUUGCGGCUUGUGAGCGGACACCUCUGCAGCGGGGUCCUGAGCUCCGCAGGAACCAGGAAGAGAAGAUGACGGUCCAUAACUUGUACAUAUUUGACCGUAACGGCAGCUGUCUGUAUUAUAAUGAAUGGAACCGCAAGAAGCAGGCGGGGAUCUCCAAGGACGAGGAGUUUAAGUUGAUGUAUGGGAUGCUGUUCUCCAUCCGCUCCUUCGUCAGCAAGAUGUCUCCUGUGGACAUGAAGGAGGGCUUCCUGUCCUUUCAGACCAGCAAGUAUCGUCUUCAUUACUACGAGACUCCCAGUGGACUGAGGUUCGUCAUGAACACAGACCUGUCUGUCCCCAACGCCAGAGAGACGCUGCAGCACAUAUACAGCAACCUGUAUGUGGAGUACAUCGUGAAGAACCCGGUGUGCGUGCUGGGUCAGAGUUUGGACAGCGAGCUGUUCAGCAGCCGGCUGGACGCCUUCAUCAGAGCGCUGCCGUACUACAGCCCGCGGGCCGCCUGACGCACACUGUUACUGUGGUUACUGUGAACAUGUCGUCUGAUGUUUUAUUGAUCAUUAAAGUGAAGCAUGAAGCCGGC